AUGGACUUUGAGCAGGGCAUGUGGUUGGCGAAUGCGAGGGCUGCCCCCGGUGUUGUGCACAACUACACCGCCGACCUCAAGCGGGGCACCCUCGUCCGCACCAAGGCCGAUUUUUGCAGCUGCGAAUUCCCUAGCGUGCACCCGGAGAUUGCGGGGAAGAGGUGGCGGUACGCGUACCUGAUGGCGUCGGAUUCGCCGCAGAAACCCAUCCCCUUCCAGGAGAUCGUCAAGUUCGACCGCGAAGGACUCCGCCGCCAGGUGUGGAGUGCCCGGGCUGAGUUCUCAAUCCUGGGUGAGCCCGUGUUCGUGCCUCGUCCGGGGCUCAACAGGGAGGAAGACGACGGGUGGGUGAUCACGCAACUGUACGACUGCAAGAGGCACGAAACGCAAUUCGUGGUGCUCGACGCCCGCAAUCUUGGCCACGGACCAGUCGCUAGGGCAAAGCUGGCGCACCACACCCCCUACGGGUUCCACGGCACCUUCACUCCUGAGGUCUUCUACUAA